AUGUUUGCUAGAUAUUGCAAACGUGCGUUUACGCAAAGAAAUUACAUUAGCAGCAGUAGCAGCAGCAGCAGCAGUAAAAUAAGUGAAAUUAAAAAAUCGGUAUUUAUAUCACAGAGCAGAGACAUUUUUAAAAAUUUGGCGCUCGAAGAUUGGUUGUAUCGUUACUAUGAUUUAGAAAAUCAUCAUAUUUUAUUGCUGUGGAAAAGUGACCCGUGUGUGGUAAUUGGACGUCAUCAGAAUCCUUGGAUGGAAGCGAACAUAAAAAUUUUACAAGACAAGGGAAUUUAUUUAGCGAGACGUAACAGUGGUGGGGGUACAGUUUAUCAUGACAAUGGUAAUUUAAAUUUAUCAUUUUUAACACCGAGGUCUAGAUACUGUAGAAAAUAUAAUCUUGAAAUAAUAACCAGGGCUUUAUAUCGUAAUUGGGGAAUUGAAAGUUUUAUUAAUAAAAGAGAAGAUAUUAUUAUUGAGGGUGAUUAUAAAAUAUCUGGUACUGCUGCUAAAUUGGGACGUCCUAAUGCUUAUCAUCACUGUACAUUGUUGAUUGAUGUUGAUAAAAAUAAUCUCAGUGGAGCGCUGGAAAAAAAGGAAUUGGGUAUUGUUACAAAUGCUACUGAGUCUAUUAAAUCACCGGUUAAAAAUUUGAAGGAGAUUAAUAGAAAGGUUAAUUGGGAUGAAAUGGUAAAUGCUGUUGGAUGGGAGUUUUUGAGAACUGAUCCAAUGGUUGUUAAAGAUGGAGGCAGUGCUCAAGUUUCCAAACAAAAAGGAUUUCAGAUGAUUAAUCCAACGGAAGAUUGGUUUCCAGGUCUUGACAAACUAACAUCUGAAUUCAGUUCCUGGGAAUGGAUAUACGGAAAAACUCCAUCUUUUACCGUAAACCGUUUGUUGAAAUUUCCUCGAUCCGACGUAACUGAAAGCGACCUCCUGAACCUUACGCUUCAAGUAGAAAAGGGAAUAAUCGAGGACAUAAAAAUGUCUCUGCCGUCAGAUAUAACAAACGAGACAAGCAACCGAGAAGCCAGCGUGAUCAGUAAUUUACGUGGGACUCGGUAUCAUCACAAAGUUAUUGAGAAAAUAAUUGCCGCCCUAGGAUGCAUCGCUAUCUUACCCGCACAUGCACAAAAAAUAGACAAUAUUGCUUUGCAAUAAAUUUUUUAAAAAUGUAAAUAACCACCAUAAUAAAAUGUAUAAUAAAAUUAAACGCUAUUUUUAUCAAAGCCUAUGACUCGAUUUAUUCGUCUUAGACUUUAUUACAUAAUAGCUAAUAUUUUAUUUA